ACCACCGCCGAAAACCGUCCAACCAACCACCCAUCACGAAGGCAGCAACUUGAUUUAAAUCUGUCGCUCUCCUCAAUCCGAACCAAACGUUGAAAUUUACCCCCUUCCCCCCUCUCCGCCCUACCGCGAAUCCACAAUCCACAAAGAGGCUGUCGUUAUCGACCUGAUUACCGAUAAAGAUGGAUGGAUCCGGCGGUGCCCCGAAGCCGAGCAGCAGCGUCAAGCUGGUCUUGCUUGGUGAAGCUGCCGUAGGAAAGUCGUCGCUUGUUCUGCGCUUCGUCAACAACGAUUUCCAAGAAAACAAGGAGCCAACUAUUGGAGCUGCUUUCCUGACGCAAAAGUGCAAUCUGCCCACCCGAACGAUCAAGUUUGAGAUCUGGGAUACCGCCGGCCAGGAGCGUUUCGCCUCGCUGGCGCCCAUGUACUACCGCAACGCUCAAGCCGCCCUCGUCGUCUACGACCUCACGAAGCCGACGUCACUCAUCAAGGCCAAGCACUGGGUCGCCGAGCUCCAACGACAAGCCUCGCCUGGUAUCGUCAUCGCCCUCGUCGGCAACAAGCUCGAUCUGACAAACGACGCCGAGUCCGGGUCUGCCGGUGACAACGAGGAGGCGGACGGGGAGGACUCCGGCGACGCCCGCAAGAUCUCCACAGAGGAGGCCAAGACGUAUGCCGAGGAGGAGAGCCUGCUCUUCUUCGAGACGAGUGCCAAGACGGGCCACAACGUCACGGAGGUCUUCACGGCGAUCGCCAACGCCAUCCCAGAGACGUCUCUGAAGAGCGCACGAGGCCCGGGCGCAUCGCACGCCGUGAGUCGGGGCGCAGACGAACAGCAGCGAGUCAGCCUGACGGGCUCUAGAGACGCGGCGAAGGAGGGAUGCGCUUGCUGAUUGUAGGCUGCCGUGUGUAUGCGUGUGUGCGUGUGUGGGAAUUCGAGAGGGAACGACUUGGCGAAGAGGAAUCACUUUAUCUACUUUUCAUUAUUUGGGAGUCGUUCAGUUGUUUAAUGCGCUGCAUUUUGCUAUGGGGUUCAUUUUUAUGGGAGCGUCCAUCCGGCAGCAACUGGGAAAGACCGUCAUGAGUCGUAAACAGACAAGAACGAAGACGCUCGCCACCCUUUCAACAUGCCGACAUUCCGUCGUGUAACAUGAUCGUUUUGUACUGGAACGUUUUGCAGAAGAAGCCAUGGGGAUGGACGGAUGGAUGUAUGGAUGGAUCGAUUGAUGGAUCGUUGGGAUCAGUUUGGAACUGAAGCUUAGUGAGCCAUUAUGUAGACGAAAGCUCAUACACAACCAAGACCAUUUCACUGCAG